GUAACAAGUUACCACAUAAUGUGUGCCUUUGCAAGUACCAUGAAAACUUUAUUCUUGGUAUUAAUGCACUUCAUGCUCAUUGUCCAAACAUACCACUUUAUAACAGUGAACUUCCAGAGAGCCUAGUCUGCAGUCCAGCCACUAGAGAUUGCUGGUUUAAUAAUUGUGAAAAAUGCAAAGAUGGACAAAUUUUCAAUAAUAUGACUGAAAACGCAGAAAAUACCCAAGUUACUUGGCAUGUCUGGAAGAAGGACUCAGAUGAUAGGAUUGCAAAAAUAGUACAAGAAGGAACAACUGAUGAUUUGCGCAGUUAUAUUUCCUCUAUUUUACCACAAUUUCUUGAACACUGCUAUGUCAAACGAAAGCAGGCAGCAAGUUAUAAAUUGCAACGCGAUGCAAUUGAAAGUAGUGUCGAUGAAGCCCUUCUUCAAGUCGAUUUCUCGGAAAAUUACACAUGUCAAUACCAAGAUGAGAUUCAAAGUGCUCAUUGGCAGCAGCACCAAGUGAGUCUCUUUACAGCUGCGCUGUGGUACAACGGAGUCCUUCAUUCAACUGUAUUUGCUUCAGACAAUCUCACACACUCAAAAGAUACGAUUAUAGCUUACAUUGACAAGCUGAUGGAAAUGUUACCUAACAACAUUAGAAGGCUAUCAAUUUGGUCUGAUGGACUGGCAUCACAAUUUAAAAAUCGGUUUAUAUCCAGUGCUAUUGUCUCUCUUGAAGAA